ACCAUAAUAUUAAAUCCUAUAUCAAGUGAGCUUUAGAGCCUUACAAGACCGACACCACCAUUUACCAACACCACUUGAGUAAACUAAUAUUAUCCUCUUUUUUUUUUGGGUCAAUGAGUAAACUAAUAUUAUCCAAAACACCAUUAUACUGACACCAUUAUAUUAUAUUAAUCUGUGCACCCAUACCUACACCACUAGUUAAUUCCUUGUUUAUCAAUUUGCCUUGUGAUCUAAUCAGAUCAGAUGCAAUGAGCAAUUCAAACAUCAUAGAUUUAUGCAGUGAUGAUGAAAUGGGUGAGUCAAAUAUGAAAAAAUGUACAAGGGAGAUUGAGCCUGGCUUUGAUUCUGCAUCUGCACCCUCAGUAUGCCCAACACCAAUUUCUCGGCAAUUUUGGAAAGCUGGACACUACGAAGAAAAGCAGGGACAGAGGUGCAAAGCCGCAAACCCAUGUGGAAAAAACCAUAUGCGCAUACACCCUAUGUUCCUUCACUCAAAUGCCACUUCACAUAAGUGGGCUUUUGGAGCCAUGGCAGAAUUGCUUGACAAUGCAGUCGACGAGAUACAAAAUGGAGCUACUUUUGUUAGCAUAGACAAGAUGUCUACCCCACGGUAUGGGACUCCAGCUUUGCUAAUUCGAGAUGAUGGUGGUGGAAUGGACCCCGACGCUAUAAGGCGCUGUAUGAGCUUUGGGUUUUCAGAUAAGAAAUCAAAGUUAACCAUUGGACAAUAUGGAAAUGGUUUCAAGACAAGCUCUAUGAGACUUGGAGAAGAUGUUAUUGUAUUCAGUCGCCACUUGAAAUCAAGGUCACUGACUCAAAGUGUUGGACUCCUUUCUUAUACAUUUUUGAGGCAGGUGGGCUACGACAAGAUAGUUGUACCAAUGGUGGAUUAUGAGUUUAACUCAUCAGCCAGAACAUUCAACCCCAUAAUUCCACAUAAUGAAGACAAGUUUUCUUCUAACCUCACCAUGCUGUUACACUGGUCUCCUUAUUCAACGGAAGAGGAGUUGCUGAAGCAAUUUGAUGAUUUAGGGGAUCAUGGAACAAAACUUGUCAUUUACAAUCUUUGGUUAAAUGAUGAUGGGGACAUGGAACUAGAUUUUGAUUCUGAUCCCGAGGAUAUUUGUAUUAAUGGUGACAAAGCACUUAGCAGAAAGAAACGAAAUCAGCAUGUUGCUAACCUAUAUCAGCACUCUCUCCGUGCAUAUGCAUCAAUCCUGUAUAGGCAGCUACCACAGUACUUCAGAAUAAUUUUGUGUGGACGAGAUGUUGAGCACCAUAAUAUUGCCAGUGAUCUCAAAUAUCUUCAGUUUAUCAAGUAUAUGCCGCAAAUUCAUGGAAAUAAGGAGGUUGAAAUUAUUACCGCAAUAGGGUUUCUGAAGGAAGCUCAUACUCAUGGUUUCAAUAUCUACCAUCGGAAUCGUCUGAUACUGCCAUUUUGGCGUGUACUUAGAAUUGGGACAAACAGUACUGGAAGAGGAGUUGUCGGUGUCCUGGAACCAGAUUAUAUUCAGCCUACUCACAAUAAGCAAGAUUUUGAGAAAACUUCCCUCUUCCAAAAGCUUGAAGAUCGUUUAAAGCAAAUGACAGUAGAGUACUGGAACAAGCAUUGCACACUGAUUGGUUAUCAGCAAGUUAAAAGAGGUCCAUCUGCAACAUCGCGUCAGCAGGAGCCACCUUAUUCCACAACUCAGAAUUGUGAGGACCAACCUUCGGUACUGAAUAGUGGUUCUGAAUAUGAAAGUUCAAGAGCAGGUUUGAUAAAAAAGAGGAAGGAUCUUCUUGAUCCUCCAGUGAAACUACAACACGCCAAAAGGCACAUGGGAUUUUGUGGAACUGAUGAUGUCCAGGACAUUAGUGAACAGCCUGAAAAUAGCGUUGAGGACAUGAUGCAAGGUUCACAGAAGAUACUUCUGAUGCAGGAAAACAAAAAACUUCGGUUACGGCUGCUUUCAUUGGAUCAAACGGUGCAAGAACUUAAUUUGAAGGUGCAACAACUUAAGGAUGAACUAGAGAAUGUGCAACAACAGAAUGAACUGAGGCAGACGCUGCUUGAAUCAUACCCAUUGAAUAAAUACGAGCAGCACGUUUGCUAACUAGCUCUCUCUCUCUGUUGGGUCCCACUUCUACUGCUUGAAUCUUUGUGACGGGAAGCGAGGAUGAUGGAGGAUCAUUCCUCCCUCGUUCUUGGCUUUCAAUCUUCAGGAAAACAAGACAAUAUUGGAGUGACUAACUAGCUAAGCUAGACAGAUCUCAACUGUAACCCCUCAGGUGUCCACGAGUUCACUCACAUAAACGGGUGGGUGACUGUGAGACGUUGACUGAACAAAAGACGAUCGUUCGUCAAAGGCCAGUCGCCCAUGUGCGCGUGACAUGCUAACACUGCUCAUUUGUUUAAUUACUGCAAAAGGACUUUGCACUAAUCAUUUACAUUUCAAGUCUUGAUUGAAAACCCAUUAAUGCAGGUCACUAGGCGUGGAGGGACUGUAGGGGCGGUGAUAACCCAGCUGUUACUGUUCUCAGGCCCUAAAUUCUCCAAGCAGAGAGCAUUUCUCUGAUGGGUAUUAUGAUGAUUGUGUGCACUCUCCCAGUUUCCCUCAUCUACUCUCCUCAGUGGGGUGGAAUGUUCUGUGGCCCUUGCUAUGGCAAUGAGGAUCAUCUCAAUGGGCCAGAAACUGAUGAAACAAACCAUUAUGGCUUCGCUCCAACAAACAAUUUAUCUACCACGGCCUUCUUUUGAUUAGCCUCAAGUUUCAUAUGGAGCAAGUACAAAUUGAUCCAAUUAUGUAAAGCGGUCACGUACGGUUAGUUUAAAGAACAAGCUUGGGAACGUUCAAAGAGGGUCUCAAGACUCAAAGCUACACAGGAAUUAGCUUUUCUGAAGAAAAUGAUUGGCCUUCAUUUGUAGUUAGGUUGGUUUUUAAAAAUCCGGACGGCAUGUUGAUCAUCCUCCGCAUCUGAAGCACCAGACACUUCCAGAUUACGAUCAUUCACCAAAAUAUCGUGGCCUACAUUAUUAAAAUUCAAAUCAAAGGGAGUUAGUAAGAGGUACGCGUCUACAGAAUAUAAGAAUUCAAAAUGGGCACGAGAGUUUAGAACGUAUAAUAAA